ACAGAAGACAACAAGGAAAUACAAUUAAUUAGCUGAUUUAAGUGGGGAAAACAAAGAUGUGCAGCUUAUUGAGGAGCAGUGAUCCAAUUGUUGGGAUGAUGAAUAUGUGUCCUGUUUUGAGUACUCCAAUUGACUGGAAAGAAACAUCUCAAGCUCACUGCUUCUUCGUCGAUCUUCCAGGGCUCAGCAAAGAGGAUGUGAAAGUGGAAGUGGACAAUGGAAGAGUAGUGAAAAUUAGUGGUAAGUGGAAAGCAGAAGAAGAAAUUGGAGAUGAAAAUGAGAAGAAGAAUUUAUGGCAUAGAGUGGAACGUAAUAGGGGUGAUUUCUGCAGGAAGUUUAGGCUUCCAAAAAAUAUAAUGGCAGAUCGACUCGAGGCAUCCAUGGAAAAUGGUGUCCUUGUUCUCACCGUACCUAAACAACAACUCAAAAAACCCUUCUCCAAAGUAAUUGAAAUUGAAGAAAAAUAAACAUGAACUUUAAGUUAUUAUUAUUGUGGAUUGCAAUUCGAAUGAAUAAAUAAAUCGUCUGUUGAUUCCA